AUGACGAAAGAAACGCGCGCAGUCCACACCUUGUACGAUCGAUCUGUAACUACGUACCAGUUUAAACAUGCAACCGCGCAUCACCUAUAUAUACGUACGUACUCCCAUCCCAUGCAUCUCCUCUCUUGCUUUCGGACAAAUUCGAUCUUCAUAAUUAAGUUUGUCUUCUUUCUGCACGACGAGUCGAAGAGUUCGAUGAUGACCAAGCUCAGCAGCAGCGGCAGCAACAACGUUGAUGACGGCUACGAGUACGAAGAAGAAUACAUCAAGAACGCGCGUGGGAUGAAGCUCUUCACCUGCCGGUGGCUCCCCGCCAACGCCAGACCAAUCAAGGCCCUCGUCUUCAUGUGCCACGGUUACGCGGUGGAGUGCAGCGUGACGAUGCGCGGCACCGGGGUGCGGCUGGCGCAGGCCGGCUACGCCGUCUACGGCAUGGACUACGAGGGCCACGGCAAGUCGGACGGCCUCAGGGGCUACGUCCCCUCCUUCGACGUCCUCCUCGGCGACUGCGACGCCUACUUCACCGCCGCCGUCGCCGCCAACCAAUCUCCUCAGCUGCCUCGGUUCCUGCUGGGCGAGUCCAUGGGCGGCGCGGUGGCGCUGCUGCUCCACCGGGCGCGGCCGUCCUACUGGGCGGGGGCCGUGCUGGUGGCGCCCAUGUGCAAGAUCACGGAGGAGAUGAAGCCGCACCCGGCGGUGAUCAAGGUGCUGGAGGCCGUCACCAGGUUCAUCCCGACGUGGAAGGUGGUGCCCACCAGGAACGUCAUCGGCGCCGCCUACCGGACGCAGGCCAAGCGCGACGAGAUCCGCCGCAACCCCUACUGCUACAAGGGGCGGCCGCGGCUCAAGACGGCGCACGAGCUCCUCCGGGCCAGCCUCCGCGUCGAGAGCGAGGUGCUCACGCAGGUGACGCUGCCCUUCCUGGUCGUGCACGGGGGAGGCGACAGGGUCACGGACCCCUCCGUCAGCCAGCUCCUCUGCCGGGAGGCGCCCAGCACGGACAAGACGCUCAAGCUCUACCCGGGCAUGUGGCACGCCCUCACCUCCGGCGAGCUGCCGGAGAACAUCGACAAGGUCUUCUUCGACAUCAUCGCAUGGCUCGAUCACAGGUCCGGUCCGCCCGCGCCCGAGAGGGACGACUGA